GAAUCUAGUUGCAUUCAAUCAUUUGAAGCAAAACUGUCUAUUGAAGCUGUUAAAGUGGUUUAUUCAUGUUAAAUUGAAGCUUGUGAGGCUUUCAAAUGCAGAGGGGAAAGGGGGCGGAGUCCUAAUUUUGGCCCCGCCCCCGGCGAGCAAGCUGCUGUUAACAGAUCAGUGAAGACAUGGCCGAGCCUUUGUCUGUGAUGUGAUGGGCGCGCGCUGCAGAGAUCUGCUGAGUUUGGUGAACAGAUGAGAGGCGGCUCGCGCGCAGGCGGCCGCGUGCGUGCUCUGAAGACGCUCCACCUGCGUCUGCCUCCAGUCUGCGCGCAGACGUCUGCAGGUUGACAGCUGACCGGCUGCAGUCUGCAUGCUUCCACUGUUCACGCCGGUGUCGGUGGAGUGAUGUCGGAGCAGGGGGACAGUGAGGCGGCAGCGCCCCUGUAUGUGUACGAAUCCAAAGUGCACUGUGCCAACGUGCUGCUGAGCAUGGACGAGCAGCGGCAGAGGGGGAUCCUCUGCGACGUGACCGUGCUGGUGGAGGGCCGGGAGGUGCGAGCGCAUAGGGCCGUCCUCGCUGCCAGCAGCCGCUACUUUCUGCAGGCGCUGCUGGGAAACGAUGGGUCGACCGGCGACGCUGAGCCCAUCAUUACACUCCCAGACAAGGUCACAGCCAAAGGCUUUGCUCCUCUGCUCCAGUUUGCCUACACUGCCAAGCUGGUGUUGAGUCGAGAAAACAUCCACGAGGUCAUUCUGUGCGCCGACGCUCUGGGUGUGCACAAUCUGGAGGACUCGUGCUUCCGGUUCCUUCAGGCUCAGCUGCAGAAUGACGGACAGAACUCUAGUAACGGCGAGCUGGAUUACGCUACUGAAGAGAAAGCCUUUUCUGAAGACUUGUCCUUCGAUGGAUGCUCUGAUGCCAGGGAACAGAAUGCUGCUUCACCCCCCGUAGGCCUUCCACAAUGUUCCAGGAACUAUCAGCACCAGGUCUGUGACGUCAAGCACAAUGGAGAAACCUUGGUGAGCUCUCAGCUUGAAGACGGCAGCUGUGCCCCACAGACUCUUCUUACCCCCUCCAGGAUUAAGGAGGAAGCCUUUGUGUUUGAGGACGUCGUGGAUGACAGGAAUGGAUGCCACCCAGACUUGGGAGCUGAGGAGGUUCUGGAGAUGGAGCUGGAAGUGGAAGGGGUUCCGAUGGCAGCGGAACACUCUGCAGGCCAUGAUCUUCCCUCAUCCUGCCUGCGCUCCUACCUGGAGCGAGGAGGUCUGGAUCUCUGUAGCAUCCCCAGCACCACCAUUCAGCAGCUGCUCACCAACCAGUUGUCCCUCAGCCACUCCAGAGAGCUGCUGAGGGACCGGCAGAGGAGCAAGAGCGACCCUCUGGGUCAGACUGAUUUCAAGAACAUGGAUGCUCUUGAGAGGUCAAAGGCUUCCACUUUGCAGCGGGAAAGUGAGCUUGACAGGCGCAGCGUUAUCUUCUCUUCCCCAGCUGGUGACCAGCAUUCACGCCAAUUAGAGGAAGAGAAGCCCAGAAGCAAAGAAGAGAUCGUCUCUUCCGGUCUGAAAUGCCUCACCAACUGUGGCCCGGUUUCUUUCCACACAUCAGCAGACUCAGAUCUACCAGCCUCCGCCCAAACCCCGACAUCCCACUCCUCGUUCUCGUACCCCGAGGACGCAGCAGGAGGCAGCUCCCCCACCAGCCUAGACCUGGCCUUCUCCUCGUCCAGCUCCGCCUUGGCGCUGCCUCGCUUCCUGGCUGGGGUGGUGGAGCCUGGGACCCCCCUGAGCAGAGAGGUGCUCAUCUCUCAGAGUCACGCCAAGGUCAAAAGUGAGCACGGAUUUGGGGCCAGCGGCGGAAACUCCAGCGACGAGUCCGACUCGUUCUCAGAGGGGGACAGCGAGAGCGGCUCCAGAGCCUCGGCUCCUGAGGUGAAACUUCCCUUUCCUGUUGACCAGAUCACCAACUUGCCCCGCAACGACUUUCAGGUUCUCAUCAAAAUGCACAGACUAACCUCAGAGCAGCUGGAGUUCAUCCACGACAUCCGCCGCCGCAGCAAAAACCGCAUCGCUGCCCAGCGAUGCCGCAAGAGGAAGCUGGACUGUAUCCAGAACCUGGAAAACGAGAUCCGUAAACUGGUGUGUGAGAAGGAGAAGCUGCUGAGCGAGCGCGACCAGCUCCAGAGCUGCAUGUCCGAGCUGUGGCACAACCUGUCCUUCCUCUCCCAGCAGGUUUGUAGGGAGGCUCAGAGCAGCCAGCCGCCCCCAGUCUCCGCCAGUAUCGACCUCACGUCUGCUCCGUCGUCGCCUUCUUCUGACUCCGAGUUGCCUGCAUCGCGACGAGACGAGGCUCAGGGGGCAUCCAGUCGGACAGGGAGGGGGAACCCAGGGAGUCCUGCGGUACUGGGGGCCGUUUGUAGCCCCUCAGUGACUGUAGACUUCUGCCAGCAGAUGACAGAGAAGUGUACAACAGAAGAGCAGAACGCGCAGGACUCCUCUUAGAAACAAACUCUUCAAACCUGUGAAUACUAAAAGCUUAGGUAGAUUCUCUGUUUUGUUACGGAUGACGUCCAUGUCAUCAGCAAUACUGUUGGAACGUGUGUUGUUGGACAGAUGUUUCUUGAAUCAGUAGUUCUUGGACACAGUGCUCAUCGGACACUCUUUCUUUGGUCGCCUUUUCUCUGAACUGGCUCCAGUUGAGAUGGUGUUCUUUGAUCCGAUGUGAAACCGCAACUCUGGCAGCUUCUCUCUCUAUAUACAUUUCUUGUCUUCUGUUCAUGGAGGAUCAAACUCAGGAACUGUUCAUACUUUCAUAUACUUUGUACACGUUCUCUAUUCUUUACUAUUCUAUGCCUUCCUUGUUCUCACACUUUGGUCUAAUUCAGUCCAGGAAUGGCUCCACACGAGGUUUUAUGGACCAGUUCUACUGUCUUUCAGGGUUCAUAUGAAUCACCGAAGACAACCCUGACCUUCUGCAGCUCACUAAGCCCUGAACUUUAGCCCAGGCUUGGUUUACAAGGCUAACUACUGUUUACAGAAUUUCACUGAUGUUUACAGGUGGUUUUUUUUUUUUUUAUAUAUAUGUUAUGCUGAAACAAUGUGGGGUCAAGCCUUUGUCAUGUUCCUGAGUUCAUGGUCUUAUCGCUUAAGUUUACUCAUUUUGAGAAACGUUACAAGUUCAAAUGAAGCCUUUGCCAAUUCUGCUGGAAAUGAGUCUCAUCUAUGCUAGAGUCACAAACCAAGACUUGGUCUCUAUCCAACAUGAGGCCAAAGCCUUGACGUUUCCAUCAAAACUUCUGUCUAACAUCCAGAGAUGGAGACUUGAAUUUGACAACUUGACACAUGUGAACAACUACAGUUUGUUUACAUGUAUCUAUACCUCUUAGACACUUUGUCACAUCUGACAAACAGGAUCGGGUCGUAAUCCCAUCGUAUUGUGAUCCCACUGACCAUUCUAAUGUAUCUAAAGACACAUUCACACCAGCAGGCUUGAUUUGUUUAGAAAGAGUUAUCGCUCAUCUGAAUCCUGAUCAUCAUAGGAAAAUGGGUCUCAAUUCACUUGAGGGUGAACCAGAGGAGUAAAUGACGAGUUAUGUGUGUAUUUCCAGUGGCAAAAAAAUGAAUAAGUCUGUCUAAAAAGUUUCACAUGAACACAAAUGCUAAGAACAGCCUCAAAGUUAUAAGCUCAUAAUUCAAUUAAGCUACAAUAUUUUUUCUCAUGAAUGAAGCUUAUGUUUAUUGUUUACGAACUGCAAAGAUUAUUCUUAGAAAUGUUUACUGUUUUUGUUGGAUUUGAAAGGCCUGUGGUAUUAAUUUAUUUAAUAAGGUAGUUAUUGGUAAAAAAAAAAGAAAAGAAACAUGAUGAUAAGUACAAUUAUACAUAACCAUUGACUGUAUCUGAGAACUGGACUGAGUAUGACAUUACCCAUUGAAAAUGACUUACUUGUGGCUCCAACGGCUCCACCGUGUUGAAGUCAAACACCGUCAGUAAGUCUGAGCUUCUAUUGCAACAACUCUCACCAAUCAGGAGUGAGCUUGUUGGAAGGCCACACCCCUAAAACUUGAAAACAGCCCACACAAAAUUUGUCGGACAUUUUAAACGUUCAACAUAGAGGCCAACAGAUGCUGCCUUCUUUUAUUGAUUUUUAUUAUAGUUAUUUUAUUAUAGUUUUUAUUAUUAGAAAAAUAUGUUAAAUUGGUAAGUUUAUAACUUGAAAAAUUUGCACUACAGGAAAAAAAUGGAAUUAUCAAAUUAGAAUUAUCAAGAAAAAAGGUAGCAGAGGAAGAAUGGAAAUUCUGAAAAACAAGGGUGGACUUACCAUUAGGCGAAGGUAAGCAAUUGCCUAGGGUAAGCCAACACUCUGCGGGGCCACUUAGCACUUAAGGGUCUAAAAUACAUUUUAAGCUCUUUUUUAUUUAACUCUGUCAUAAAAUAAAAAAAACUCCCCAAAUCCAUGAAAUGGCAAAAGACUGGUCAUGUGAAAUUGUUUCGUCCUCUCGUCCCUCUGUAAUAAUGGAACAUUCCAUUCAACAGCAAAUUAGAGUAGAGAGUUCAGUUUUCUCAGAUUGGACAGUUUUCUGCCCAUUUGAGCGGCUUUCAUUUCUGACUUUGCAGGUAAAAAUUGUUUUGAGCAGGUGGAAAUAAUUGGGGUGGGUUUGGGAUCAGUUCUCCAACUUUUAGUUCCUUUUUAGAAAUAUUUUUCAACCAGGGACACAUGUCAGUGGAGGCAUGUGAAGCACUGCCUCACCUGGUGUCACAAGGUGUAUAGCCUACUAAUAAUAAAAUGAAUAAGGGUCUACUAACCUGUUCUAUAAAAGCAUUUUUUUUUUACAUUUAUCCUAAUCAUUUCAGUAUUUUCCUUAAAAUUGCUGUGUUUUGCGUAUUUCCUGUUCAAUUUCAGCCAAGUUUCAUUGUCUACCGCAUGGCAGUUUUGAACUGAUUUUAAAACAUUUGGAUUCUUGACAUUGAUUUUGUCUACUUGUGGACCAAUGAAGAAGUAAUUUAACAUUUUAAGAUUUUUGUUUCGAGGAUUUCAAAAAAUAUGAUUCAUACAACCACCGUAAAGGCCCCCCCUCCCCCCUUUUGCCUGGGGCCCUCAAACUGCUAGGUCCGCCACUGCAGACAGACAGAAUGACUGAGUAAGUAAUAUCUGUUAAUUUCUCUGUAAAAAUCUAUGGGAUUUUGGUUUCUUGGAGCCACUUCCUGUUUGAAACCCCAGGUGGGAGGGGUCACUCAGUCCAGUUUUUGAUAUACAGAUCAAAAAAACAAGUGAAAAGUUGUGGAAAUGUAUCUUCCAAAAUAUAAAGUAAAGUGAAAGUUUAGUGUUUUUUCCUCUCAACUGAGCAUGUGCACAAGCCUUUGGUGUCAAAGCCUCCUCUGAACAGCCAGUGGGCCACACCAACCCGCGCCGCAUUCCCACUUUUCGGGGCUGUUCUCAUUUCAUUUCCCUGCUGUCAUUCAGGAAUAAAAAUCCAUAUCCACCCCGGACGCGCAGCUGCGGUCAAACGGGGUUACACGCUCAGACAGUCCUCACCCACUUCCAGGAAACAGAGGAAGUUCUGAGAAACAAUCAAACACAACAAUCGAGUCCAUCGUCUGUCAUUCAUAGAUACGAUUACAUCCUUUAUAGUUAUUUAGUUGUUUAGAAAGUAGAGGGCUAAUUAGUUUGAAGUUAAAUGACCAGCUAAAGCAGUUUGAACGGUGUUACGUAAAGACCAAUGAUGUGACCUCUGCCUAAACUCUGACCUCUUGUGGCCCCUGUCCUGCUGGGGUGGCGGACUUCUGUUCUGACCUGGGGGUCAGAGAUCCAUCAUGCUGAGAUCAGAACGAUCUUUUCCAUUGUAUUGUGUAUGUACACUGUUGUGUACCGUCAGAACCACCACAGCAUGGGUUCUUCUCUUAAACCAACCAGCAGCUGUCACAUAAACCUUUACCCCCCUCCCAAAUUGAGUAAAUUUAUCUGGAGUGUUUUGAUCACUUCAUCCUGACAGAUCAGUUUCUCUAAUGGCAUAUAGUUUGAAGCUGAAGCUCCAGAUAAACACGCUGGCACAUUAUUGAUCUUUGAGAUGCCAAAUUCAUGUGCUGAAAAGUCAAUGCGGCGUCACGCGGCUGCAGAGAGUGCAGCUGCUGAUCCGUCACUUUCCUGCUGUAAUGUGUCCCAGCAGAGAUGAUCAGCGUCUCAGCGGGGUGGACGCAUCAGCACCGCACCAGCAGAACAUCGUCCUGAUGAAAAAAGCUGGAAAAAGCGUCUACAAGUGCUACAAUUUUGACCUUUCCAAGAAAAAAAAAAAAUAUUCAAAGUGCAUUUCUUGUUGAUUCUGUUUCAGUUUUUACAAACUUAAAACUCACAUAAGUGCAGCUACAACUUUAAGCCUUCAAGCAGGAACUGCUGACAAACAAACAAAAGGAAGCAAAGAUGUAUAUAAAAACGCCUCAAAUCAUUUAUUAGACAUUCCCCAGCGUUUAUUCAAAUGAAUUUGUCAUGCAUAAUUGUAAAUAAAUAUUUUUUGUUCUCAGAUCAUACAACUCCUCUGUAAAGUUGGGACACAAAAGCAACAAAUUCAGCAUAAAAAUAUUACUAAAAAACACAAUACAUUUGUUUUUUUUUUUGUUUUGUUUUUUUGUUUUUUUUUUGUUUCUAUUUCAUCCUUUUGAUACAAAUCAGUGCAAAAGUUGUCAACCUGUGCACUGAUGCGUGCUUCUCACAAGGCGACUCUGAGAAAUAAAAACCGUGAAUUUACAGAGGACUUUAACGGUAACCCCAGAAUUCAGUUUAAGGUUUAAACAGAAAGAAGUGACCUUUUUAUCCGAACCGACUGACCCGGGGGGAAACAGAACUGUCCAGAAAAAUGCAGGUUAAUAUGCUUCCGUUGACAGAGCUGCGUUCAUCAGCUCUCCUUCAAAUCUAAGAUUUGUAGAUUGUUUUCUUUUUUUUUUUUACAUUUUAUGUGUAUUUGCAGAGUUAUUGUUUUACACAGAAAUCAACAUUUGUAAUUUUGUUAUCUCUGUACUUUGAAACAAGCUGUUUGGAUUUUGUAAAUAUCGUGCAAUGCGUCACAUCGAUUGAUAAGAAAAAGGGUUGAACACUCAGUUUUGGUAGAGAAAUAAAAGCAUGAAGACUCCA